GUUCCCCCAGCGAGCUCCGCACCCACAGCCAUGAGCGGCUGCCGCGUCUUCAUCGGGAGGCUGAACCCGGCCGCCAGGGAGAAGGACGUGGAGAGGUUCUUCAAGGGGUACGGCCGCAUCCGCGACAUCGACCUGAAGAGGGGCUUUGGAUUUGUGGAAUUUGAGGAUCCGAGGGAUGCGGAUGAUGCUGUCUACGAAUUGGAUGGAAAAGAGCUUUGCAGUGAGAGGGUUACAAUUGAGCAUGCAAGAGCACGCUCUAGGGGUAGAGGCAGAGGGAGGUACUCUGACCGUUUUAGCAGCCGCCGUCUACGUAGUGACAGGAGAAGUGCCCCACCUCUAAGAACAGAAAAUCGCCUCAUAGUAGAAAAUCUGUCUUCCCGAGUCAGCUGGCAGGAUCUCAAAGACUUCAUGAGACAAGCUGGGGAAGUAACCUUUGCAGAUGCACACAGACCUAAGUUAAAUGAAGGGGUGGUUGAAUUCGCCUCUUACGGUGAUUUAAAGAAUGCUAUUGAAAAGCUUUCUGGUAAAGAAAUUAAUGGAAGGAAAAUUAAACUAAUCGAGGGCAGCAAAAGGCACAGCAGGUCCAGAAGCAGGUCACGGUCUCGUAGCAGGAGCUCCUCCAGGUCCCGCAGCCGCAGCCGCCCCCCCUCCCCCAGCCGCAGGUCCUACAGCAGGUGGAGGAGCAGGAGCCGCAGCAAGUCCCGCUCGGUGAGCAGGUCGCCCGUGCCAGAGAAGAGCCAGAAACGGGGCUCCUCGAGCAGCUCCAAAUCCCCCUCGUCUGUGGACCGGCAGAGGUCGCGGUCGAGGUCCAGAUCUGUUGACAGUGGCAACUGAACUAUGAGUAACUUGCCCUGGGGGGCCUUUUUAAAACCAUACUUGCUAAACUUGUGGUAAGUAUGUGACUUUCUGUGGGGAAGGGUUUGGAGGGGGAGGGAGGGAUCGGGGGGGGACUUUGUAGAUGUGGACCAUGGUGGGAAGGGUUAUUGACUAAUUGUAUUAAAUGUUUUUUGAUAACCCUUUUCUUGCUCACAUUUUUUGUGAAUGUCUGAAGUGUAUAGUUUGUGUAUAUUGGCAGAGCUCUUUAUAACUAAAGCGGACUAAUAUUUUGUACUCAAAAAAAAAAAAAAGUCAUCUGAACACUUAAUUCCUGGUAUAUUCAACUGUGAAUAGCAACUUGGAAUGUGAGUAUCCAAACUAGUACCUUUAGGCAUCUAAGAGCUCUACAUGUGCUGUACAUAAAGCUUUAUUUCAGAGGGUAUUUUUAUGUGCUUUUGAACCAUUGUUUCAGUUGUAGGUCAGCAGAUUUAGUGCUGGUCUGUGAUGGUAAUAAACCUAUUUUAAAGGCUUUUCAUUUAGUAUGAAUUGCACUACACUAAGAAAAUGCCCAUUUCACUGCCCUGUGAUAAUAUUCUAUAAAGCACUCUAAUUCUUGAUACUUAAAUAGCUCAAAUAAAGUAUAAAGAAACA